AUGUCCACAAAAAUCCGUAAGGAUAACGGAAAUGUACUGAAAUUUAAAUUUUUUUUCUUUAAAGAUCCAAAUCUUUACGAUGACGGAAAUGUUUGUCUAUCAAUUUUGAAUACUUGGCGUGGUCGGCCAGAAGAACGUUGGAAUGCUGACACUUCCUCUCUUUUGCAAGUACUUGUCUCCAUUCAAUCUUUAAUUCUUGUUAAUGAACCGUAUUUCAAUGAACCUGGUUAUGAAAGAUGGCGAAAUUCCCCUGCUGGCCAACAGGCAUCGCGGGAAUAUGAUGCUAAUAUUAUGCAAAUGUGUGUUAGAUGGGCAAUGGUUGAACAAAUUCGGGUAUUUUUUUAA